CUUCCAUCGUCCAAGUUCACGACCUCGAGACGACCAAAAACAUUUCAGAGCAGAAGAUCGACCUAUAAAUCACAGCCAGAAUGUCAACCAAACGCAGAAAAAUAUCCCACGACUCCGGAGCUACGGGAGGUGACUCUCCCGAGGCACGAACUACCCAAUCGAAGACCAAGCCCGCUCCAAAGCCCAAAGAUCCAUCACCACCGUCGACCUCCGAUGCCGACUCUGCCACCCUUGACAAUGGUCCUAAGCAAGAAACCGGGGAUGCUGCUCCCAAGUCAUUUGCCGACCUAGGGAUCGUCGACUCACUUUGCGACGCCUGCGACAAGCUCGGAUACAAGAGGCCAACCCCGAUUCAAGAACAGGCAAUCCCCCUUGCCCUGCAGAACAGAGAUAUCAUUGGUAUUGCUGAGACUGGAAGCGGCAAAACGGCUGCGUUUGCGCUCCCGAUUCUCCAAGCUCUCCUCGACAAACCUCAGCCCCUCUUCGCCUUGGUUCUCGCGCCCACAAGAGAGCUUGCCGCCCAGAUUGCGCAGGCGUUCGAAGCGCUUGGAUCCCUAAUAUCGCUUCGAUGUGCUCUUAUACUCGGUGGUCUGGACAUGGUACAACAAGCCAUUGCGCUCGGGAAGAAGCCCCAUGUAGUUGUUGCGACCCCUGGUCGGUUGUUAGAUCACCUGGAGAAGACGAAGGGCUUCAGCUUACGCAACCUUCGCUAUCUGGUCAUGGACGAAGCUGAUCGCCUACUUGACAUGGACUUUGGGCCAAUUCUUGAAAAGAUCCUCAAAUUCCUCCCGAGAGAACGGAGGACAUUCUUAUUUUCUGCCACGAUGUCCAGCAAAGUCGAGAGUUUGCAGAGGGCCAGUCUUCGCGACCCUCUCAAAAUCAGCAUUUCAUCGUCCAAGUACCAGACGGUAUCGACACUGGUUCAGAACUACAUUUUCAUCCCCCACAUGCACAAGGACACUUACCUGAUAUACCUGUGCAACGAGUUCGCUGGGAAGACUAUCAUCAUCUUCACACGGACGGUUCUCGAGACACAGAGAAUCGCCAUCCUCCUCCGCACGCUCGGCAUGGGUGCAAUUCCCCUUCACGGCGGGCUCUCCCAAUCAGCCCGUCUUGGUGCUCUCAACAAGUUCCGUGCCGGUUCCCGCGAGAUUCUCGUGGCCACGGACGUGGCCGCACGUGGUCUCGAUAUCCCCAACGUGGAUUGUGUCCUCAACUUUGACCUGCCGCAGGACUCCAAAACAUACGUGCAUCGUGUCGGCCGUACCGCUCGUGCCGGCAAAUCGGGGCAUGCGAUAAGUAUUGUCACGCAAUACGAUCUCGAAAUCUGGUUGCGCAUCGAAGCGGCGCUGGGGACAAAGCUCAAGGAAUAUUCCCUAGAGAAGGAUGAGGUCAUGGUGUUCAAGCCGCGUGUCGAGGAGGCGCAGAGGCAUGCCAAAAACGAGAUGAAGGCUUUGAUUGAGGACCGUGGCAAGAAGGGCUCGGUGCUGAAGGGCGGCAAGGGCCGGAAACGGGGAGCGCCAGGGACAAACAGGGAUGAUAUGGACGCCGAAGAGGGAUAAUCGUAGAAGAAGGAUAGUCGUUGACCAGAAUGAAGAUUGGGCGGCUCUAUAACGAUAUGCGAGUGGGCGGUGUAAGUAAAGUACGUGAGUAAACAGAAAAAAAGCGUGAUUGAUCGAGGAAUCGAA